UCAAUUCAUCCAGUUUCAUUUCAUUCAUUGCGGGAUUUAGUUGUUUUGUGUAAUUACAACAGUUUGUAAAAUUUCGAUGUUUAACAUAUUUUACCCAUUUCACAGACCGGAAUUUUACAUCAAUAUGUUGUGUGUUGUUGAGCUCUAGUGCCGGUGAUAAACUAAUUUCGUACCUUAAUUUUUGAUUGUAACGUGAAGCAAAAACAUCCAAAAUGAGGCUGGCGGGAACCAUUUUCUCAAAUGUGACGAAAAUGCUGGACUUUUAUUCGCAGUUUAAUCCAUCGCCUUUGUCUAUAAAGCAGUUUAUAGAUUUUGGUUUAAAUGCGUGUGAAAAGAAAUCAUACAUAUUCCUUAGGAAGGAGUUACCAGUGAGACUGGCGAACAUAAUGAAAGAGAUAGCGCUACUACCCGAGAACCUGCUUCGGAUGCCGUCGGUGGGUCUCGUGAACCAGUGGUAUGAGCGCUCCUUCGCGGAGAUCAUUUGGUUUGAGAAGAUGGAUCCAGAGCAGAAAGUCCUAAGCGAAUUCUGCGAGCGACUAGUCCACAUCCGAAACCGGCAUGCGGACGUAGUCCAAACCAUGGCCCAGGGCGUUUUGGAACUGAAGGAGUCACACGAAGUUGACUGCGGGGUCGAACAUUCCAUACAAUACUUUCUGGAUAGAUUCUAUAUGAGCCGCAUCUCUAUAAGAAUGCUGAUUAAUCAACACACAAUCCUCUUCGGCGAGCAACCCGUCGGCGCUAAGCAAGCAUCCGUCAACGGCAUGGGCAACGGCGGCCGGCAUAUCGGGUGCAUCGACCCGGCGUGCGACGUGGCGGGCGUCGUGCGGGACGCGUACGAGAACGCGCGGUUCCUGUGCGACAGAUAUUAUCUGGCGUCGCCGGAGCUGGUGCUUCUACAGUCUGGAGUCCCAAGCGAGCGGCCACUGCCCGUUAUCUACGUGCCGUCCCACCUGUACCACAUGCUUUUCGAGCUGUUCAAGAACGCCAUGCGAGCGACGAUGGAGAGCCACGAGAGCUGCCCGCCGCCUAUUACUGUCAAUAUUGUGCCCGGGAAAGAGGAUGUGUCUGUCAAGAUGUCAGACCUGGGUGGCGGUAUACCCCGCAGCGCUUCAGAUCUCCUGUUCAAAUAUAUGUACAGCACAGCGCCUCAGCCUUCAAAAUCUGACUCGCACACCGUACCGCUGGCCGGUAAGACUUACGGAACUGACUUAUUCCGUCUAUUCCAUAAAUAUUUCCAUUGAAACUUUUGUAUAGUUUCAUGUGUCCCCAAUAUUUAUUUAUUAACUGUAAUGAUUUUUGUCCUCCAGGCGCUCUCAAACGAAGCGAACGAGCUCCUCCCGAUCUUCAACAAGACUUCAACCAAGUUCUAUCGGCCCUCAGCACAGUUGGCUGACUGGUCGGGCAGUCUACAGACGGCCGGCCCAGCGAAGGGCAGUCGCGAGAAAGUCUCCCCUCUGUCCCACAGCGUAGCGUAAUAUGUUUACAAUCUGGCAAAAAUGAGUAGAAAAUUGUGCGUGGAGUCCCUAGGAAGAAGUGAAACUUCGUAACAUACUUCGUUUCCCGUGAUCAUGAUGCGCGGACUGCGUAAAUAUCGGGAGCUCGACAAAAAUCAAAAAGGUAAUCACGGUCUAAUAAGUCUAAUGAUAA